AUGUUCAUCCUUAACUGGUUCUGGGAUGUCCUGGCCCAGCUCGGCCUCAUGAACAAGAACGCCAAGCUCCUGUUCCUCGGCCUCGACAACGCCGGAAAGACUACCCUCCUUCACAUGCUCAAGAAUGACCGUCUCGCCACCCUCCAGCCGACCCUUCACCCCACCUCGGAGGAGCUCGCUAUCGGCAACGUUCGCUUCACCACCUACGACCUCGGUGGACACAUGCAGGCCCGUCGCCUGUGGCGCGAGUACUUCCCCGAGGUUGACGGCAUUGUCUUCCUCGUCGACGCCGCCGACGUUGAGCGCUUCCCUGAGAGCAAGGCCGAGCUCGACUCGCUUCUCUCGAUCGAGCAGCUCGCCAACGUUCCCUUCCUUAUCCUCGGCAACAAGAUCGACGCCCCCGGCGCCGUCUCGGAGGAGGAGCUCCGCCACCAGCUCGGCCUCUACCAGACCACGGGUAAGGGCAAGGUCCCUCUCCGGGACAUCCGCCCCAUCGAGGUCUUCAUGUGCUCCGUCGUCAUGCGCCAGGGCUACGGCGAGGGCUUCCGCUGGCUCUCUCAAUACCCUGCUACACCGACCGUAGCUCCUCGUGUUUAA